UCCAAAAGUUGUAAGGAGCAUUUAAUCGGGUCCCCACUUGCAACCCAAACAAGCUCUAAAUUGUUGCAGCAUAAAAAUGCUGAUGAAAAAUUGAAGCGCGGAAGAAAUCCAGCGCGGAAGCAGGAAGGGGUGAGCGGCGAUGGGGAAAGAAGGUUUCACGGCACCGUUGGACUCACCUUCUUCAACUGGCAACCCUAUCCUUACCCGUCCUUCUCUCAAAUCUCACUCCCAAUUCAACUGGAAGCUCAAGCUUCGGGAGAACUGCUACAAUAGAGUGAGAGAGGACAGAAGUCGGUUACUGUGGAGACUGAGAACAAGCACGCUCAAAACCUCUCAUUCUCAACAAUGCAGUCCACAGCAGCAAGAGGUUGAUAUCGUGAGAUCCGCAUUCGAGGAUAUUGUCUCUGAUGAAUUCCAGAAAAUGAAAGGCAACUCCACCGACACUCGUCUUUUUGAUUCUGAGAUGGAUGAUAUAUGGGAGUACGAUGGUGUUCAUUCCUCUUGCCAGGGUGAAUGUGAAGACAUUCUCUUAGAAAUGCAAAGGAUAUUUUAUGAAGAUCUCGAUUCCUACCCACCCAUGCAGCAAGGUUUGGAAAAUGAACUUGAUACUUGGGAAGAUGAAGUGGAUGAGUAUUUGGCAAGUGCAGUUUUUGAGCAUAUGCAGCUAAAUGAAGAUAAGGCCCACAAAGAGGAGAUUUGGUGUCCUAUUUGUAAGCGAGGAGAACUUAAAGAGGAUCACAAACUUAUAUACUGUACUCACUGUGAACUUCGACUAAACAAAGCCAGUGAGCUUACUUUGGGAUUCUUACGAGAGCGGCUAGCUGAAGCCCACACAGAGCAUCUGGACAGGGGCUGUAGGUUGAAGCCCAAAUUUUGUGUAAAGACACAGUUUAGUUUAACUGCAUUAUACAUUUCAUGUGAAGGUUGUGAAACAUUUGAGGUUGUAAUUUGACAGUUUCGUUAUUUAUGGUUUGGAGUUUGGACUGUUGUAUCAGAGGUUCAACACGCAUCAAGAUUUUUCUGCCUAUUUUUGGUUUUUCCUUUU